GGGAAUGUGGGCUGUGUUAUGAAAAACUGGGCUUUGCGGCUGUAUGAACUUACUGUGUAAUGGAUUCUUAUUAAGAUGGAAAUUGUAGUUGUCCUUCGCGUUCUUAAACUACGCACGGCGUGUCCGUGGGCUUCUAAAGUUUGUUGUGGAAAUAGGGGAGGCGCCACAUAACCUGGCAAGCACUUCGAAUGUGGAGUUUGCUAGAAAUCAGGAAAAUUCAGAGUGUUUAUGUUAAAGUUUACCUGCUAGUUUUCAUAGACAGUCCCGUUUUUCGGGGCUCAUGAGAAGGAAGUAAAAAGCGAGUAGCAGUAUGUUCAGACUUUCUCAGAAAUAGCAUUUUUCUUGGGAGGAAGACGUUUUGGCAAAAUAUUCCAUUAAAAUUCAGGGAAACUUACUAUAGCUGAAUAUGGAUUAUAAGGGUGUAUUCAAGUGAAAAUAAACAUAAUACAAUGAAAGGUAUAAAGCUUACUAUAUAUUUAAUCAUCUACAGCAAUCAGUUAUCACAUAGCCUUUAGUGGUCACAUAUUUAAAGCAAGCAUCUCCUCCCUACAUGUAUGAUUAUGAGUACUGUCUAAAAAAUGACUAGAGAAGUGUCCUCCUGUCUCUUAACCACAUUAUACAGUGAAACAAUAUGUCCACUCAGAUCAUGUACUUCCUAUAAAGUGUGAUUUAUCUACUCCCCCACCUCCCUUGUAACCAUAUAGAGGCACUUUCCCCUCUCCUGUCUCAUCAUACAAGCAGGACUGAGUACUUUAAGCUGAAGCAUAAUGAUGUCCAGACUCCUUUUGCUUUUGAGUGUGUUGGGAAUUCUUGCUUCAGUAAUCAUUGGAAUGGGAUAGUGAGGGUAUUACAGAAGGUUACAGGAAAGAAAUCUCGGACUACCAUACCAGAAUGUGCUGCUGGAAGCAUGAGAUCUUUAUACUGCAAGGCCUAUACUCCCAAGAUUUCUUUAGGCUUCAAACAAGCAUGUGGUGAGGCGCAGCAAGCUUUGAAGACGAUAAAAAUGGAUAUCUGUAAUUCUUUUGACCAGGAAUCAAAUACUGAUUCAUUGAAUCUUUUUAAUGUUUUGAAAGCGGAAACAUUUCCUAUUGUCCUUAGUUCAAAUGUUUCUGCAGGGAAGAUCUACUUGAAUGGGACAGAAGCUUUGGUCAAAGGCAUAGAUAUUCCCAGUCCUGUUAUGGGAUCUGUAAACAUGGUACCUUUGGUUCAUAUAGUGGAAUCUUUGGAUGGUCUCGCACUUGCACCCGCACAGUCUCAAACUUUAUCAUCCAUAUUGUUGCCAGUGGAUAUCACAAAAGAUCAACAUACACCUCUAUUAAAUGAAUCCGUAACAGUCAUCUCAGAAGAACAUAUAGCCUCAGCAUCUUUGCAGCAUGACUUAGAUUUUGGUUUGGUCAUGCCAGUGCACUCUGACACAAUGCCCACAGUACUAGAUGUCUGCGAUAUCUCAGGUGAAGGUGCAUUGGUAAUUGAAAACAUUGCAAUAGAACCAUUAACACAAAGCUGCUAUUCUACUAUUGCAGCAACAGAGAUGCAUCCUUCAGAACUGGUUGCAUACUUGCAAACGGCCUCCACUAUUCCUUUACUUGAAGUGAGUCCUCUUCCACCCUUAAUGCCUAGCUCAGAGACUGUAUUAUCACCAGCAAUUAUAGGGCCCAUUACUUCCACAGUGCCAAUAGUAUCUAAAUAUACUGAAGAGCUAUAUCAGUUUAACAGUGUCUCUGAACAAGGUGAAAGUGAUCUUCAAGAAAAUGAAAUGUGCAAUGAAACUGUAACCACAGCUGAGCUGGUGUCCAUUGUGGUGGAUCUGCAGAAAAAAGUGAAGGCUUUUCAACAAAGACACAGAAGGCACUGUUCAAAGCUGGAGGUCAUGGAGGAAGUGGUUGAACAACUCAAGAAAGAAAAUGUACUUUCUGAAGAGAAACUUAAUUUUCUACAAGUGGCCUGUCUCCAGUCUAAUAUUGCACUACCAGAAAGCGGCGAUUCUUUUGCAAUUGUUUGUCAAGAAGAUGAUCAGACCAUCAUGUACUCGCUCCCUUUGCAACCAGAGGAAGAAACUCAGACAGUUUUUCAGAUUGAGGAGCAAUGACAGCAAAUGUACCAUCAUUUAGACUAAAGACAUAAGGGCCUGGGCACAUGUAGUGUUUGGUCUGCUUCUCUCAGACUGUAUUUUUUUUUUCAGGAUGAGAGAAGCUAAUCUACUCCCUUAAGCAGCUCUGCGCACCUGCACUGAAAAGUACAGCUUCCACCUGAGUGAAGGUACAUGUAGCAGAGGUCUGCCCGAAAAACGCGAAGGCUGGCAUUUUCGGGCUUACCUCUGCUCUGUGUAAUUUCACUGAGACUGAGGCUGUACUUUUCAGUGCAGGUAUACGGAGCAGGCGAAAACUCCUUUUUUCAUAUUUUUUGGGCUGACCUCUGCUCCGUGUCAUGCACUCAGGCCAAAGCUGUACUUUUUAGUGCAGGUACACAGAGCUGCUUAAGGCAGCUGAUCCGCUUCUCUUAGCCAGAAGAAAAAAUGUAGACUGAGGGAAGCGGACCAAAUCCUCUGUGCGUAGGCCCAUAGCCAUACUAGUCAAACCACUGUGGGGGAAUCAUUAUGUUUUUAAGAGAGACAUUAGCAACAAGCAUUGAGAUUCCCGUUUGUAACUUUAAUUAGAAGAGACAUUUAGUUUUAAUUCUGAUGCAGAUAUUUUGGGGUUGUAGUAAUUUUUUUUUUUUUUUUUUGCUGGACUUAUCAGGUGUUCAGAUUAACAUGACACAAUUUUUUAAGAGAGAUAUUUUGACUGGAAAUAAAAUUAGAUCCUCAUAUUUUUACCCUGUUCACACAGAGCCAGUACUAGGUUUGGGAAAAUUGGAGUUUUAGAUGCCAAACCUUUUAUUGAAUGUAUUGUUAUAUAUGUCAUCAGCUACUGAAGGUCAGAUUCUGCCAGUGCAGCCUUACUAGCAAAUACAAGCAAAGACUGUCCCAGUUUCAGUCUGCCUUAAGGAAAAGGUGACAUGUUUUAUUGAGCUGUCUGUUCUUGAUUGUUAGAAGGUGUAUAUUUAACUACUUGGGUUUUAGUGUCAACCCGCUUAAGCAGGAUGAAGUCUCAUUAUAAGACAAUAGUUGCUUGUAUAUUGAUAUUCUAACCACUCCAUGUUUCAGAUGUCACUGAUACAUGGUUCCCUGUAUAUUUAUUUGCUCUGUUAGAACAGGUGUUUUUAAGUGAAAUAAAAUAGCUUGAUAAGUGAAUACAUUUUCAACAAAAUAUGCUGCAAUUUAGCUUUUAAAAAAUUGUUUACGAAAGUUGGUUUCUGGCUGCUGAUGUUUACUUGGACCUUUUAAUGAUUAACUUUGCUAAUUAUUGUGCUUUAUUGCCUUAAUUUUUGUGAUGAAAACUUAAUCUAUUAUGAAAAAAUAUUUUUUUUUCCUAUGUGUUGUGAUUAUUUCUCGUUAAGGAACAUUUACAGUAUGUUCCUGAACUAUAAGCUGUUAUGCACACACCCACAGAAGUGCUGCUGGAAUACUCACAAUGAGUUACCAUUUUGUUGGGCUGCCUGGAAGCUACAGAUGACUGCUAUAAAGAACUUUAUGUAGAGAGAGAAAACAGUAACUAUAGGUAAAGCUACUUCCAUAACCUUGUUGUGAGCCACAAAUCCUUACUGAACUUUUCUGUUUGUUGAGCAGUUAUACCUUGCCCUUUACAUUAAAGAUUGCUUGCCAGUAAA